UCCCCACCUCCUCAUCCUUCGAUUUGGUCCUCGCCGAGGAAUUCGAAGCCCACGAUUAAAUCGUCCGCCUCCUCGCCGGGAAAAAGGAAAAAAUCGCCGUCGCCGCGUUGAUGGAUUCCGGGUGCAGGACAUCAUCCCAGCCGUCCGAUCCCUCCUUCUUGGUCCCGUUAACGCCGUGGUUUCGAGAGCUCUGGAUUGGGGAAAUCUCCAAAUAACGCAACGAGAGUGAAAUCACUCCUUGAGCAGAUUGACUGGAAUUUCAGUUCAUUUUCGAGCUACCAAAACUCUGGCGGUAAAUGAAAGUGUGAUUGGCGAAAACUUCUUCUUGGUAACAUUUCCAGAGCUUUGAAGAGGGCCAUUCUAAAAUAGAUUCUUGAAGUUUGAACAUGCAGCGGCCUAGAGUUCAUCACUCUCCUGGUUGGGCCGCGUUUGAUCGCAAGCAACGAGCUAGAGACAGUGCAGGAGGCGCCAAUGAUGUCGAUCCCUUUCCAUCCAUCUCUUCUUCAAAUCCCGCGAAAGCGUUCGAAGCGAGCAACUCUGGGACCGUGAAGUCUUUCUCUUCGGUUGUUCGCCCGUCUAUAGAAUUCCCGCUUCUCGCAAGUGAUUCCGAAAGUACAAACUCAAUAGAUAAUCCUGCAGUUAGGCUGCUUAAGGAUGUUCACAGUUGGGCCGAUCACAAUUUGAUCGAGGACAUAUUAACCGCCGUCAGUAAUGACAUCGACCAAGCUUCGGUACUUUUGAAAGCAAUGGUUUCGGUCGACUCUGAGAAACUAGGGGAUAAUAGUCUAUCCGGGCAAAGCUCUUCGAACCAUGUCAAAGAUAAGCACUCAAAAGAAGCUACUUUGUUAGAAACUAAGCCUUCUGAUUCUGAGUAUAAGUUAUCAGCGUCGAUGAGAGUGCUCUCUAUACCUCAAGAACCUGAGUGGCAAGAGUCGGAAGACGAUGAUGUCUACUUAAGCCUCCGGAAAGAUGCUAUAAAGAUGAUGAGGGCUGCUUCGCAACACUCGCGGGCUGCUAGUAAUGCCUUCUUGAGAGGCGACCAUCUCUCAGCCCGCGAGUUCUCCCAGAAAGCCCGUGAAGAAUGGGCUGCUGCCGAAAAGCUGAACUCUAAGGCAGCCGUGGAAAUACUGCAGCUUAGGAAUAGAAACAACGACUUGUGGAAGAUUGAUUUGCACGGCCUGCACGCGUCAGAAGCCGUGAAAUCGCUGAAGGACCGGCUGGAUGGAAUAGAGUGCCGGAUUAUAAUGGAUCGUGCUGCUUCCUCUGAUGCACUCUCUAAAUUAGAAGCUCGUAUUGUGAGAUCGCCGUCGCUCGAGUCGCUUAAGCACUCGGAAUCGGAGAUUGCCGCCAAGAAGGCGGCAUUACUUCCGCAGAGACAGUCAGUGUUACACGUGAUCACAGGGACUGGUAAUCAUAGCAGAGGGGAGGCUUCGCUACCCGCGGCUGUGAAAAGCUUCCUGAUUGAAAAUGGAUAUCGGUUCGAUGAUGCAAGGUCCGGUGUGAUUGCUGUUCGCCCCAAAUUUAGGCACAAGUGAACUUUGAAGUCUUGUAAUUUAUUCGUGCGGAAAUUUUCACAUAAAUCCUUCAACUUUUCUCUUUGUAAUUGACACACUUGCAAGUAUGAAUUGUUUAAAUUUGAGCUUCUUUUUUCCA